AAUCUCUUACAAACAAAAUAUCUCCCAAUUACUACUAGUUUUUAUUGAUUAAUUCUCAAAAACAAAGUAAUAUUCGAUUCGAUUCGGUUUUUUUUCUUUAUUUCUGAAAUGGAUCUAUUUACAAAUGCAAAAGCAGUCCGUCUUAAAAACAACCACAACAAAUACCUUCACGCAGACGAUGACGAAGAAUCCGUCUCACAAGAUCGCAACGGUUCGUCAAAAAACAACCGUUGGAUCGUAGAAUUCACGGAUGAUUCGAACCGAAUCAUCCGUCUUAAAUCAUGUUACCAUAAAUACUUAACAGCAUCAAACAUGCCGUACUUACUUGGCAUGACAGGACGAAAAGUGUUACAAACCGUUCCAAAACGUUUAGAUUCGUCAGUUGAGUGGGAGCCAAUAAGAGAAGGGAAUCAAGUGAAAUUAAAAACAAGAUAUGGUCAGUAUUUAAGAGCUAAUGGCGGAGUUCCUCCGUGGAGGAACUCUGUUACACAUGACGUCCCGCAUACGACCGCUACUAAAGAGUGGGUCCUGUGGGACGUCGAUGUGGUUGAUAUUGUUAUUUUACAAUCUCCAACUACGCCGACACCGAAACCGAUAUCGGUACCGACACCAACUGAGCAUUUGCUUCAUGUUGAUUCCUUCCAACAGGAUUCUCCUCCACGGGUAAAGCUAGAAGAAGGGAGGUCAAUAUAUUACCAUGUGCUUUCAGAUGAUUAUGGUGAAAUUGAUGAAAAUGCACAAGGUUUCUGCAUCACUUUCAAAGGUAAUAACGUUGAUGACUUGACACGAAAGCUAGAAGAAGAAACCGGAUUAAACAACAUCACUGUAUGCACACGUAGUCCUUUAAAUGGAAACCUCUAUCCUCUUCGGCUGCAACUUCCUCCCAAUAACGUUACCAUGAAAGUUGUGGUUGUUCCUAACUCCCCAUCUUCCUCUUCUUCUCAUCAAGAUCCAAAAUUUGACGAUGAGUUUUAAGUUAUUACAACUAAAUGAAUUCAUUAUUAGUUUGUACAUGUAUAAAAGCGAGUUAAAGAUUUAUUUAUUCUUAGAUGUUGUUAUUAGUGUAUGAUAAAUUUAUUAAGUAGCAUAUGAGUUCUAUAUUAUUUGUCUAAUUAUUAGUUUAAGUUACAAUUGUUCAUUUGUUUAAAAGACUGUUGCUAGUAAUUGUAUGAUGACUGAUGUUUUUAUAUCUGAAA